AUCCAGAGGGGCCGGGGAGGGCCUAGCCAUCGCUCCUCGGGGAGGCAGCGUGCUAGCCGGGGGCGGGUCGGAGCGGGAGUGAGGCCCUCACGGACGCCGGUGCGUUGGGCACCGCCGCCCCCCCCCCCAACUGAGCCAGGAUCCGCUCUGCCGCCUCGGUCAGGGACACAAUGGCAGUCAGAAGGCAGAGGCCGAGGAGGCUUGCCUGUUGGGCCUUGAUGGCUAUUGUCUUGGCAGACCUGUUGGCACUGAGUGACACGCUGGCAGUGAUGUCUGUGGACCUGGGCAGCGAGUCCAUGAAGGUGGCCAUCGUUAAACCUGGAGUGCCAAUGGAGAUUGUCUUGAACAAGGAAUCUCGAAGAAAAACCCCAGUGACUGUGACCCUGAAAGAAAAUGAAAGAUUCUUUGGAGACAGUGCAGCAAGCAUGGCCAUUAAGAACCCAAAGGCUACACUGCGUUACUUCCAGCACCUCCUAGGGAAGCAGGCAAAUAACCCUCAUGUGGCCCUUUAUCAGGCUCGUUUCCCUGAGCAUGAGCUAAGCUUUGACCCUCAGAGGCAGACUGUGCGCUUCCAGAUCAGCCCGCAGCUGCAGUUUUCACCUGAGGAAGUGCUGGGCAUGGUUCUCAAUUACUCCCGUUCCCUGGCUGAAGAUUUUGCAGAGCAGCCCAUCAAGGAUGCUGUUAUCACCGUGCCAGCCUUCUUUAACCAGGCUGAGCGCCGGGCUGUACUGCAGGCUGCUCGCAUAGCGGGCCUCAAAGUGCUACAGCUCAUCAAUGACAACACUGCCACUGCUCUCAGCUAUGGUGUCUUCCGCCGGAAAGAUAUCAAUGUCACUGCACAGACUGUCAUGUUCUAUGACAUGGGCUCAGGCAGCACCGUGUGUACCAUCGUGACCUACCAGACAGUGAAGACUAAGGAGGCCGGGAUGCAACCACAGCUGCAGAUCCGGGGGGUGGGGUUUGACCGCACCCUGGGGGGCCUGGAGAUGGAGCUCCGGCUGCGGGAACACCUAGCUGGGCUUUUCAAUGAGCAUCGAAAGGGCCAAAGAGCCAAGGAUGUGCGAGAGAACCCACGUGCCAUGGCCAAGUUGCUGCGGGAGGCCAAUCGGCUCAAAACUGUCCUGAGUGCCAAUGCUGACCACAUGGCCCAGAUCGAAGGCCUGAUGGAUGACAUGGACUUCAAGGCAAAAGUGACUCGAGCAGAAUUUGAGGAGUUAUGUGCAGACUUGUUUGAGCGGGUGCCUGGGCCUGUCCAUCAGGCCCUCCAGAGUUCGGAAAUGAGUUUGGAUGAGAUCGAGCAAGUGAUCCUGGUGGGUGGGGCCACUCGUGUCCCCAAAGUUCAGGAGGUGCUGCUGAAGGCAGUGGGCAAGGAGGAAUUGGGAAAGAACAUCAAUGCAGAUGAAGCAGCCGCCAUGGGGGCGGUGUACCAGGCAGCUGCCCUCAGCAAAGCGUUCAAGGUGAAGCCAUUUGUCAUCCGAGAUGCAGUGGUCUAUCCCAUCCUGGUGGAAUUCACAAGGGAGGUAGAGGAGGAGCCUGGGGUCCGAAACCUGAAGCACAAUAAACGUGUGCUCUUCUCCCGCAUGGGGCCCUACCCUCAACGCAAAGUCAUCACCUUUAACCGCUACAGCCAUGAUUUCAACUUCCACAUCAACUAUGGUGACCUGGGCUUCCUGGGGCCUGAGGAUCUUCGUGUAUUUGGCUCUCAGAAUUUGACCACAGUGAAACUAAAAGGUGUGGGUGACAGCUUCAAGAAGUAUCCUGACUAUGAGUCCAAGGGCAUCAAGGCACACUUCAAUCUGGAUGAGAGUGGUGUGCUCAGCCUGGACAGGGUGGAGUCUGUAUUUGAGACCCUGGUGGAAGACAGCCUGGAGGAGGAGUCUACUCUGACCAAACUUGGCAACACCAUUUCCAGCCUGUUUGGUGGUGGUACCACAGCAGACACCAAAGAGAAUGGGACAGAUACUGUUCAGGAGGAAGAGGAGAGCCCCGCUGAGGGAGGCAAGGAUGAGCCUGGGGAGCAGAUAGACCUCAAGGAGGAAGCUGAGGCCCCAGUGGAGGGAACCUCUCAGCCUCCACCCACUAAGCCCAAAGGAGACACAGCCGCUGAGGGGGAAAAGCCCACCGAAAAAGAAAAUGGGGACAAGUCUGAGGCCCAGAAGCCCAGUGAGAAGGGGGAGGCAGGGCCUGAAGGUGCCCCUCCAGCCCCUGAGGAAGAAAAGAAGCAGAAGCUUGCCCGGAAGCAGAGAAUGGUGGAGGAGAUUGGGGUGGAGCUGGUUGUUCUGGACCUGCCUGACUUGCCAGAGGAUGAGCUGGCUCAUUCAGUGCAGAAACUUGAGGACUUGACCCUACGAGACCUAGAGAAACAGGAACGGGAGAAAGCUGCCAAUAGCUUGGAAGCCUUUAUCUUUGAAACCCAGGACAAGCUAUACCAGCCCGAGUAUCAGGAAGUGUCCACAGAGGAACAGCGUGAAGAGAUCGCUGGGAAACUCGGUGCUGCAUCCACCUGGCUAGAGGAUGAGGGCUUUGCAGCCAACACUGUGAUGUUGAAGGAGAAGCUGGCUGAGCUGAGGAAGCUGUGCCUAGGACUGUUUUUUCGGGUAGAAGAGCGCAAGAAGUGGCCUGAACGGUUGUCUGCUCUUGACAGUCUCCUCAACCAUUCCAGCAUAUUCCUCAAGGGUGCCCGGCUUCUCCCAGAGAUGGACCAGAUCUUCACUGAGGUGGAGAUGACAACAUUAGAGAAAGUCAUCAAUGAGACUUGGGCCUGGAAGAAUGCAACUGUGGCUGAGCAGGCCAAGCUUCUUGCCACAGAGAAGCCUGUGCUGCUAUCGAAAGACAUUGAGGCUAAGAUGAUGGCACUGGACCGUGAGGUGCAGUAUCUGCUCAACAAGGCCAAGUUUGCCAAACCUCGGCCCCGGCCCAAGGACAAGAAUGGUACCCAGUCAGAGCCUCCGCUCAAUGCCAGUGCAAGUGACCAGGAGGACGUCAUCCCGCCAGCAGGCCAGACUGAAGAUGCAAAGCCCAUUGCAGAGCCCGAGAAAGUAGAGACUGGAUCUGAACCAGCAGACCCUGAGGCCCCGGAGUUAGGAGGUCCUGAAGCAGAAGCUGAGCAGAAGGAGCAGCCGGCAGGACAGAAGCGGCCUUUAAAGAAUGAUGAACUAUAACCCCCACCUCCCAUCGCCCCACUCAUCUCCAGCCCCUUCUCCUACCACCUCUAUUUAUUAUACAUCGGGGUGGGGGUGGGGUGGGGUGGGGUGGGGUGGGGUGGGGUGUGGUGGGCCCACCCUCGGGGCUUGAGUUCCUUCUGUCUCAUCUGGGAAUGGAGUGUGGGGAAGGGGUAGGUGGGGGCCAUUCAUUAGUUUCUUCUGGAAUAGCCCUGUGGUUAAAAGCUGAAUUUGUCUGGUCCUCCAUGCCACCCUUACUCCUUGGUCCUCUACCCAUCUGGCUCUGCAUUUGGGAAAAAUCACGAAUAUGUCUUAAUUGUUUGCCUUGGGUAGGUAAGAGAAUGGCUGCCAGGGGUUGAUGGGGACCUGGUAGUUCGAGAGUGUCCUGGUCCCAGGAGAGCAUCCUUCCUUCCCUCCUUUCCUCUUCCAUCAUAAAAUCUGUGUCUGCUUUGGACUAAGUCUUCAGUGCCUCCGUCACCAGGUCUUGUUUCCGAGUGCCUACCUGUGUUCUGUUCUUCCUCCAGAAUGUUCUCUUUCCCUAAAUCCCACCCCUGCUUCCCACCUGGUUCCUCUUUUCAUUCAAUUCCUUGGCUUCCUGACACACAUUGGGUUCUUCUUUACCCAAACCCUUCCCUGUGGACUGGCUGGAGUAAAAUUCAAGUAUUCCCAUGGCGCAUAUGACCUCUGGUGACCAGAGUAGGCAGGGACAAGCUCUCCAGGGAGUGAGACGUGUGAAAGCCCUGAAGCCCCAACGUGUCGGCUCUUGGGCCCAAGAAAGCCAGUAGAAUGAUUGUCAUGGGUGCCAGCAUCCUCCAGGCAUUCAGCAUCCUUCCCAGUAGCCUGGUACUCCAGGUAGCUGUGAUUAGCUGUCCCCUCUCUCCUGCUGUUCUCCCCCUCCCAGACGGAGCUUUUCCCUUGCCCCUUGUCCCCCUGUGCUGACCAAAAUGUGCUUUCUACUGUGAGCCCCCAUCCCAAGAUCCCUGGGGGAUGGAGAGACCAUGGUGUGAAUGUAAAAAUGCCAUAGGCUGGCUUUGGGGUACAGGAAGAGGUUCAGGGCUGGCAGUCCUUGUAUGCAUUGCUCUGCUAGAACUGGGGGGUUCCUUACCCACUAUGCCACGGCCUAGGGAGCCUGUCCUCCAGUAUUUUGUCUGUAGUAGCAGCUGGGGCUGACAAGGCAAACCUGGUUGUCAGUCAUUUUUGUCCCCACCCCUACUGUAUCAUUUUUUUUUUUUUGCCACAUUGGCAGAGACCUAAGAGCCCAACCGCCCCCCCCCCCGCCCCCGGAGUUCUUUCAUUAGCAGUUGAAGCUGGAUGGACAGGUUUAAAUCAAAUUGUACUUUGCUCCAUUGUUAAUUGAGAAACUUUCAAUAAAAUAUUCUUUUCUACAGUU